AUGAUUUGGCCACGGACAGCUAUAUUUAAACUAGACAACUGUGCAGGUUAUAGUGAUAAAUAUGAGUGCAAACACAACAUCCACUCUAUUGCUUUCACUCAUAAACUCCGGUGGGACGAUAAUUCGCCACGACCAGUAAGAAAUCAGGCUCAGGACCGACGGCUUGAAGCGUUCUUUGAGGCACGGGGAGAAACACCGCCAACUUCCAACGUCCGAGCUGUUCCUGAGACUUUCUUGACAGAAAUCAAUAAC